AUGACACCGCAUGAACUGCACAGCCUCCUGCAGCGGCUGUUGGAGCUGAACUCCCCAGGUGUCCUGCGAUGUGCAAUUGUACUUCUGGCGUUCAACGAGGACUUGGCCUUGGCCAAGGCAGGAGGCAUGCCCCAGGGCGGUGUCAACAUGCUGUGGGGACCCCGGGAACAAGUCUGCACGUCCGCUAACCAAGACGGCGGCCAGCGGCCGGGGUCCCCGCAGCAUGUUGACACCGCCCUGGGGCAUGCCUCCUGCCUGGUUGAAGACAAUGGCUGGCUGCCUCAGAGCGCAACGCUGAUCCAAGGAUUCUCGCUGCAUGACCUGCCUCUGAGACGACGGCGGCGCCAUACCCUGUCCUUAAUGAACAAGUCUGCACGUCCGCUAACCAAGACGGCUGCCAGUGACCCGCAUGAAUACGACGCAGUGGCAGUGUUUGCCGGGGCGGCUGCCCUGUCGAGAUGUUUGGGUUUGGCCGGGCACUGUGUAGCCUCCCUGGAGAUUGAUUCCUGGGCUGCGUUUGCUAAAGAACGGAAGGACAAGUACGAGAAGGACAAGAUCGAAUAUUGGGUUGAAGAGGAGACCAAAGGUACGUACAAGGUUGCCGAGUCAGAGCUUUACACAGACAAGCACGAGAUCGAUGCUACCGAAGAUUGCGCUGAUGAAAACAACCCGUCGGAGAGCGACUCCGACGAUGACAACGAGUGCGAGUCCGAUGAUGACGAGUCCUCGGAGGACAGCGAGAAUUCUGACAAGAAAGGGAAGAAAAGGAAUGCAAAGAAGAGCAAGAAAGCGAAAAAGGAUAAGAAGCAGAAGACCAAGCACAGAGCCAGGGGGUCCCCGUCCUCAAAGAGCAAAGACGACCUCGAAGAGGAAACCCCCGCCGAGGCCAUACGCAGUGAGCCCACCUUCCCUAAACUAUAUAUAGCACCUCGCCAAUCCUUCCUGGCCUUGCCAGGCCAUCGAGAGCGCUGGCGGUGA